AUGGCCAAUCCCCGCCCGCCGCCGCAAGGCAACCGCGGACAGAGCGCGGGUCUAGCCCAUCCCAGCACUCCACGAAAGAACGGCGCAGAGCUAAGUGCUCUAAUCCACUCGCUCGGCCAACAAUGGCAAUUGGGACUUCCCGUUCGCGACAAGAAUUGGUCUCCGUUGAAGAGCAACAAGGAACUGCCGGAUAAAGUGUACGGGCAGUUAAAACGGCUGUACUGGCAAGGCGACUUCCAUGAGGCCAUUGGACGUUUCGUGCUGCAGGCGAAGCUUCCCUCGCUGUCGGAUACGCAGUCUGCGAGGACUGCACGCUUGACGCUGCUGCAUGAGAUUAUUAGGGAUAUUGAUGAGGCGCAGGGUCGGGAUCCUGGUUCGCGGGCUGCCAUCUCACGGUUACGCCCAACCACACCUUCUUCAGGGCUGUAUCAUACCUCCCAUAACGAUAAUGGCGAUACUCAUGCAAUCGCUCCGGACCCUGGAUCCCCCACGGAUGAAGAUGAACCUCCUCCGUCACCCAUCACAUCGUCGAAAGCCGCACAACGACGCGUACAGGCAAGUCCCCGAUUCCAAAUGGGAGCUAUAGCCAGGAAGCGCCCUUCAGACAGCUCCGACUCUGGCAACUCUCCGAAGCUUACAAGAACAUCCAAGGGGAAACAGCCGUCCGAUAGACCGCCAGAACCGAUACCUACCCCAAUAUUCAAGAAGCCUUCGCUUCCUGAGUUCCGCUCGCACCAAGGGAACAAGUCGUUCCCUACAACCGCCAAAACGGCACCUUUGGAACAGACCGAUUCAUUCCAAGCUUCCAGUGUGAACACGUCGUUCAAUACAAUUUCUUCUUCGCAAAGGACGCUAGUUGAUACUGCCAAUACGUCGUUUGCGUCUGAUGUGUACGAUUCUGAUAUCAAGUAUCCUAAGUUGACUCGGACCAGUUCCACAACAUUGGGCUCGCUUGACGAUCAGGACCUGCUAGAUAUUGAAGACCCGGUUGAAGCUCAACUGAGGAGAGAGCUGGCGAGAAUGGAGGAGCUCAACCACGGCUCACAAGAUCCUCCACCUCGGAGCUCGUCGGCCUAUGGAUCUGUCGACGAAGACGUCAUGCUGGAGAGAUCAUUCACAGUCGAGUCCCCAUCGAAGUCCGCCAACGACUCGCCUUCUAAGCUCCCGCACUAUAUACGAAACAUUCCUGAGCAGAAACUCUUUACUGCGUUACUUGCUGAAGACCUGAAGGAAUUUCCCGAUCCAUCCAACUUUUUGGAGCAGAUCUGCGUUAAUCUUGACAUUUCGUUUGGUACGUUGAGAGACCAACAAAAGUAUUGGUCAGCCUUCAAGCGUGGCUUUGAAGGGUACACGUUCAAGGCCCGGAUCGAAUAUAACAACCCAGAUUCACAGAGUUCAUCAAGUCCAGUCUUUAAGUUGAAUGUGCUUCCGAUCCAAGUGGACAGGUCUUGUCGUUUUCAGCGCAAGUUUGGCUCAGAUCGAUUUCUCUAUGUGAAUGUGCCGUCAUUUGAUCCGAGCGAGAACAAGCCGUCGCGAUUCAACAAUGAAGACUUGAAGAACAUUGAAGAGCAAUUCAAAUUAUGGUGCGCACGCGAGCACUCCUUUCUAGGUCGAACAUGGAAAGCAUUCCAUGUCGAGCCUGUCAAGAAGAAGAAGAAGAACGGUCGCACCACGGACGAUCUGUCAGACAAACGUAUCGUAUUGUUCGCUAUCGACGGACUCGGUAUUGGCAAGCCAAUGCUCAUCGGGGAAACCAUCAAUUGGUUCCUCCCUUUCGAGAAAAACAUGCAUCAAGCCUACACCAAAGCGAAUGCGCGUUUGGAUCUGGGUCUGUCGCGGACUAUUCCCACAGUCACAUUCAAGCCUUCUCAAAUAAUUUAUGUCAAAGACAUGACCGCCGAUAAGACACCCGAGGAUACGCAUUUCAACGAUGAGACAAUUGACUCAUGGCCACAAACUUAUCCAAGAGGCACCGUGAUGAAUGAUGGAUGUUCCCUGAUAUCAGUGGGCGCAGCGCUGCUCAUCUGGCAGAAGGUCAGAAAAAUCACGAAUUCCGACGAGCCGAUGCCGAGUGCCUUUCAAGCUCGGAUCGGGGGCGCAAAAGGUGUCUGGAUGAUCAGCGGAGAACCGUACUCUGCGAGUGCUGAUGAUCACAAAAUCUGGAUCCAGAUCUCUGAAAGCCAAUUGAAGUUCAAGCCCCCUCGGGAAGACCGGUCAGACGGGCUAGCGUCUGAUCCUCACCGCUUGACAUUUGAGUACGUCAAUCACAGUCGUCCACCCGUUCCGUCGGAGCUACACAUAUCGUUCAUUCCGAUUUUGGUAGACCGUGGAGUCCCGAAGGACCAUAUUGCCGACUUGAUGGUGGAACAACUUGACGCCAAGAGGAACGAGUUAAUCCAACUGCUGCCUACUACAGAACGGUUGUACCACUGGAUUCAUCAAGAAGGGCCUUCUAGCUCAGGAUUUGAGAGUCCUCGAUGGCAGGCUGGAAUGUACCAAUCGCUGCCGGAUCAGAUUAAGCACUUGUUCGAAAGCGGGUUUGUACCUGAGCAAGAGCCCUACCUUGCCGAUUGCCUUUAUCGCUUCAUAAAGCGACGUCAGCUAUGGAUGGAGUCAAAACUCCGCGUACCUCUUUACCAAUCUACUUUCGUGGUGGGAGUAGCUGAUCCUUUCGGCAUCUUGGAGCCUGGGGAACUGCACAUGGAAUUCUCAACGCCUUUCACCGACGAGCUGACCGGCAGCCGACUACGAUCGUUAGACAACAUGGAUAUACUUGUCUCUCGGCAACCAGCUUGUCGGCGUUCUGACAUACAGAAAGUUCGUGCUGUCAAGCGUCCGGAAUUAUCUCAUCUUAUCGAUGUGGUCGUGUUCCCCACAAAAGGUCAAUAUCCCCUUGCCGGAAAGCUCCAAGGAGGCGAUUACGACGGCGACAUCUUCUGGCUUUGCUGGGAUCAAGCUAUGGUGAAGCCUUUCAAGAAUGCUCCAGCACCUGUUGAAUCACCGGACCCCGCACAGUAUGGGAUCGAACAGGAUACCCGAAAGUUAUCUGAAGUCAUGGACUCUAGAGACCUAUCGACGGUAAACAACCUCCUAAAAGAAGCGCUCGAAUUCCGCUUAACACCAUCUCUUCUGGGUAUCGUAACGAGCCAUCUGGAGAAACAAGCCUAUUACGAGAACCAAGUCUUUUCUGAUCGCUUGGAUGCUUUGUGCGAUAUGCAUGACCUUCUUGUCGACGCCCCGAAACAGGGCUACAAGUUUACGAACAGAGACUUUAAGCACUAUAUUGUCAACGUCCUACGCUGCGGAAACCCCAAGGAACCUGCCUACAAAGAAGCCAUGAAAGACUGCGAAAAGAAAGAGACGGAUGAAGGAGACAAAAAGCGAAAACAGAAUUACAAGCACAAGAAGGAAAACAUUUUAGACUAUUUGUACUUCGAAAUCGUACGCAAGCACGACGUCGCAACACUUAAGCAGGUAAAAGACUUCUUCUCGAAAGAUCUUGGCCAAGAUCCGGAUCCCGUCUUACAAUACCCUUACCUCAACCACCGCGAACAUGGCAGCCCCUUGGUGCAGAGGGAAUUAGACGCCCUCGUGAAAGGACUCAAACAGGUGGAAAGGAAAUGGCUGGACAUAACCAUGGCCGAAGACAAAGACAAGAAGACGGAUUGGUACAGCCAAGCGGUCGACACGUGCUACGCCAAAUACCGCUCUAUCUUACCUGCGGAAGUCGACCAUCCCGACAUCAAACCCUGGAUCUAUCCCUUCCUGCGGCCGCAGUACAGUUACUGGGAGGAGAUACGUGCUUCGACGUUCUACGCGGUGUUUACAAGACGACACAAGCUUGUCUGGGCUGUGGCUGGGAAGCAAUUGGCCGAGCUCAAGGCGGCAUCGUAUGCGGACUCGACGGCGGUUGUGCCUAGGAUCAAGACGAUCAUGAAGCCUAAGGCUCCCAAGGCGCCGAGGCUAGAGGAAGAUGAGAGUGAGGACGAGUUCGAGGACGCACUCGAGGAACUGAACACAUAG